AUGGCUUCGGGUCGGCCCGAGGUUGUGGGCAUUGAUGACUACGAUCAAAGUGAGCAGGACGAGGAGUUGCCGCUGUCGCCGCCGCUGGUGCCAGCGGCUUUUCAAGGGGGUUGCAGUGGGCGGGAGAAGAAGAAUUUCAACCAGAGUGCUCGGCAUAUUGGCCGCAUCGAUGCCCGGCAUGUACGCAAAGUCGUGUUGACCGAGGAGGAGUUGGCCGAGCAGUAUCGCCUCCAGCAAGAGGAAAUUGCUCGGCAGGAUGCCGAAUUUGUUGAACGUUUGCAAGAAGAGGAGCGUCAGGCCGCACUGUUGCGCGAGCAAGAGGCUGAAGCUGCUGCCCGCCACAUUCAAGAGUCGCUCAAGAUUGAAGAUAGCGCCGGUAGCUUUGAGCCGGCAGCACCCACCGAAGCCGACCUCACCAACUCGGCAGCGACAACAGACGCCGAAUCAAAUCUUGAGGAUGAGAAAGAGCAAUUCGGCUUUGAUAUUUCAGUUUCGGAUGAGGCAUUGGCCCGGGAGCUGCAGGAGCUCGAAGAGGCUCGCGCUGCCGCACAAGUGGCUCAAACACCUUACCCGAAGGCGACCAUUUCCGUAGCUGAACUUCACCAUCAGCAAAAGGAGAUGGCAGCACUCGAGCAGCAGCAACGCGACGCCGUCUUUGCACGUUCCCUGGCCGAAUGACGGGAGCUUUUUUUUUUUGCUCUGGAUUCAUGAGCAAAACCGCUGAUAUGACCGGGCAUGACAUGCCAUGCCUUUCUCUCUCUUUGGCGUGAGAGCCAUAUAUCUUUUGUAUUUUUUUUGGGCGGGGGCAGUUUGUUCUCAUUUCUUCAAGUUUCCGCGGACGAUCCAGUGGGCUGCGGCGCAGCAGAGGGUCUUUUAUGCAAUUUACUGUUGAC